AGUUGAAUCAAGUUGGUCAUUACAUCGUUCACGUCUCUUGCUUGUCAUUAUAAAUAAAUAAAAAUCUUAUAUAAUAUCAUUGCUAUAAAUGGAAAAUAUUAACUUGGAUUUAUCUGUGACUGCUGAAUUUUCAAAUAAAUCCGAUAAAGAUGGGAAAGAAACUCAUCAGACUGAAUCCUUAAAAAAUUUUGAUGUUACAGCUAAAUUAGAGCUAACUGAAUAUCAGAAAAACGAUUUACACGAGGCGUUCAACCUUUUAGAUUACAAUGGAGAAGGCAAAAUCAAAGCAGAGGAUUUUCGAGUAGCCAUAAAGGCUUUAGGAUAUGAACCUACGAAAGAAGAACUUCAAAAAAUGAUUAAUGGCGUGGAUAAAGGUCUUACUGGUAAAUUAAGUUUUGAGAACUUUGAAACCGCUAUAAUGCGUAAAAUAAUGUCACUGGAUAGCGAUGGUGAUAUAAUGAAAAGUUUUAGGCUUUUUGAUAUGGAUGACUGUGGAUUUAUUAGUUUUGAAAAUCUAAAACAAGUUACUAAAAUAUUAGGAAUUUACUUAAGUGAUCAAGAAAUAGAAGAAAUGAUUGAUGAUGCUGACAAAGACUUCGACGGAUUCAUUUCUGUUCAAGAGUUUAUGAGAAUGAUUAAAAACUCAGUUGAUAUCGUUACUCCAUAACCACACACAAUCAAAAUAUUGAUGUUCAUUGUUUCUGAAUAAAUAUUACACUAAUAUUA